AUGUCGCCAGGAUCAUUACCAUCCCUCGCCGCGCCGCCGACGACGGCAGCGGCGGCUUCCCCAACGCCGGCGCCGGCGCCGACGCACCUCAUUGUCGUCUGCUGCCACGGCAUCUGGCUCGGCGGGCCGUCGGCGGGCCACGACGAGGCCGAGUGGCUCAUCGCGCCGUUCCAGGCCGGCGAGACGCCCACCUUUGUGCGGCACAUUGAGGAGGGCGUGCGGGCGCACGCCGACGACGUGGCAAACUCGGUGCUCGUCUUUUCGGGCGCCGCGACGAGGCCCGAGACGCGCCUCUCAGAAGCGCAGAGCUACGCCAACGUGGCCGCGCAAAACGCCUACUUCGGACACCUACCAUCGUCCUCCUCCUCCCCGUCAUCGCCGUCAUCGUCGUCGUCGUCGUCGCACGACGGCGCGCUACCCACCACCACCACCAUCCUGCUCGAGGAGCGCGCCCUCGACUCCUUCUCCAACGUGCUCUUCAGCAUGACGCUGUUCCGCGCCCGCGUCGGCGCCUGGCCCGCCUCGCUCACCGUCGUGGGCCACGCCUUCAAGCGCCCGCGCAUGGAGAUGCACGUCGCGGCCGUGGGCUUCCCCGCGGCGCGGACGCGGCAUGUCGGCGUGGACCCGCCGGGCGUGGGACGGCUUUUGCUCCUCGCUUCUGCUUCUCCUUCCGCUUCUCCUUCUGCCGCCGCCGCCGCUGCUGCUGCUCGCAGAGGCGCUGAUGCUAACGAGGAUGGAGUACUACAGCGGCGGCCGCAGCAGCACCAGCAAGAGGGGCAGGAGUGGGAGGACCACCCUGUGCUGCGCGGGAUACGCAACGCGGAGAGGGAGUGGCGCGAGGAUCCGCAUGGGAGGGGGGAGAGCCUCGCGGGCAAGAGGAGGGGGAGGAACGCGUGGGCGGCGUGGCAGGGGGUGUUUGAGCGGGAGGUGACGGAUAGGGGCGGGUUGGAGACGGUGGGCGAGGGUGAGGCGGAGAGGCUCGUCGACGAGGCGAGGAGGCCGUGGCUGUGA